AUGGAGAACGACCACUCCACCGCUAUUGCCGUUCACGAUGACGGCCGCGUCUCGAAAAGGGGUCGUUUGAUGGGAAAGCUGUUUGGUCGCGAUCGCAAGACCACUCAUGACGAAUCAACCGUUGCCGCUGAUCUGAAUGACUUCUUGCACGGUUCGUCGCCCGACAAAUUGCAGGUUGCCCAUGCAAGCCCUCCUGUGCUGUCGAAGCUCGAUACUCAGAGCGCUACUCGAUACCCCAAUUCCUCGGUCAUCAGGGCCGAUGGCGAUACCCAACAACAGGAGCUCGCAGUUCGUCAGCGGCCAAAGAAACCCAGGAAACCAUAUCCUGUGAGAUUUGUGGAAACAUAUCCUGAAGUCAUUGGAGAAGGGGGAGACGAGUGUGAUAUCCCGCCCAUUGAGGUGUCAAGACGUAAGAAACAACGGCAACCACCCCAGACGCCCGUGACUGGACCUCGAAGCGCACCAGCAGAGACCACACAUCCGCAGACACCAGGUGGUUCCUUUGAACCGGCUCCUCUCCGCCGUGUCCAGACAGGCUUCUCUCCUAGCUCGAGUCCUGCUGACCCUGGUAGGAAUGCUAACAAUAACAAUGUCCGUCACUUGGGGAUCCCACACGCCGGGCAGGAGGAAAGGCGGAAAUCGCUGCUGGAGAUCCAGCAGGCUCAGAUGCGCGAGGCUGAAGGUCGAGCCUUUGCCAAUGCUGUACGAGCAGCUUCGGGCGAUAAAGCUAAGCUUGGUAAUGGAACAUCUCCAUCACCUGACAACGAUGACGGGUCACCGACGACUGCCUCCGUAAACUCUUCUGCGCAGACUCUGCAGUCGAAGUCAUCUACUCCGUCAUCGUCACAAGCUCCUUCGAUCCCCCCGAAACUAUCAGCUCCGGGGCUUCAGCCUUCCCCUAUCCUUCCCACGGAUAAAAAACCACCUACCCAACCUCAGAACAACCAGCUACUUUCGUCGGGCUCUAUCAUGAGUUCUCCCGAGCGGAUCAGAAAGCCAGGCCAAGUUGACACCAGCCCCACGGCUCCCGAUUCCGCGGCCUCUGCAAAUUUCCAACAUCCGUUUGCAUCUUUGAGGCAAUGGAGCAGGGGUUCCGAUAAGGACUACCCAGCUACAGGCCAGUCAGUGCCGUCUGCACCAAGCAUGCACGAUGUCGUGGUGGCGGCAUCGGAAGAGGCUUUCAGGGCCUUUCUCACUCGCACUAAGCACUUAUUUGAGUUGUUCCGUCUGCAUGCUGAGAGCGUUCGUCCGCUCCUCCAGUCAGCACCCCAGGAUCUGGCGCGGGCAGCCUUGUGGUGGUUCUUGACAGGCAGGACUGCCCUUGAAGUCGUCAUCCGAGACCGCCCUACGACAAUGACUCCGGAAAUAGAGAUGAGGGUUGAGAGGGCGAAGCAGCAGGCAUUUACAGACCUGGCCAAGGGUUACUGGCUAGUGGAAGAAGCAAUGCCUGAGGUUAUCAACAGCGGUCGCAGCCCCGUUGACCGGGAAGCGGAGGCUGUUCGGACAACUCUCGUCUCUAGCCUCAAGAAGCUGACCGUGUCGAUGAAGAGGAACGAUAUCAUGCCCCCAGAAGAACUUUUUCUUCCGCAAGUCGUCGACAGGACCAUUUGGCUUGAAUAUCCUCAAAUUAGCCAGGACAUCAAGACGUUGCUCUGGGGAUUGCCCGGACUGGCAUUUGCUCAGAACCAAGAGAUCAGUUCCGGGAUGACCAUACUGGAGACAUUGCCUCUGGGAGAUUCUGCGACGACGUUCUGCUUCGCCCGCUUUCAGGUCGAGGCAUACUUGAUGGAACAGGGAAGGGAAUCUCAGCGCCUUUUCCUCCCGUGUUUCUUGUCGACCGUCAGGCCACAGACUCAGUCGGACAUUGUGUUUAUUUUAGCAAGCCAAAACGGCGCCGUCCAGCUGCGCAUCUCGGGCAAUAAGAGUCACGGUCCGGUGUGGGAUGAUGUUCGGUGGCACCCAGAAACAUGUCAUAUGGAGGUUAAACUGCCCAGGGGCUUCCUCCUCGUAAUUAAGUGCCAUCAACAAGCGUAUUCGACACUACGCAGUAUGUAUGAAUUUAGUGUGAAGGUGCAUUCUACACUCUACCCUCGGCAAGACGAGAACUGUAUCUUCAGGACUACCCUGCGGGCGUUCCAGUACUUCGACAAUGAUCCUCAAGCGAGGCAGUUCCCGAAGGAAUCGACACCCAAUUGUGAGGUCGCUCUCUUUGAACGGCUUCACAGAGAAGGCGCAGCGACUGGGCCGCGCACCUGGCACAAGGGCUACCGCAUUGCGGUCGUGACAGGCCCUCGAACCAAGACACUGAGCGGCGUCAACCAUACAUACUCGCCCCAGCAGCCUAUUCAGUUUGGCUUCCUCCGAAACGAGUCAAAUGACCCAGCUCUCUCGCUCAAGUUCGACAAUGGUCGUUUCAAGGGGAGCAUGGUGCUAUCGUUCGCUGAAGACAAGGAGAGAUCUCGGAUGCAUAGCCAGCUUGUAGGCACAGCAUUGGGCCGAGGUGAGGAAGUCUUUGGCGAAGUCCCGCUUCAGGGCGCCUGGUUCUCGGAGCGGUUCGGGGACUCCCUAGAUAACGGACUUAAGGGACUUUCGUCUUUGCCUUGGACGAAGGCCCGCGUCAUAAAUCACGAUAAUGAUGGAGAUCGGCCUAAGUGCGUUUUAGCAGAUCGUCUGCGCGUUGUCUAUGAGUUCAAAGACGGCACCUUUACGGACCGCAUCAACGUCGCUCCUGGUGAGCUUAAGAUCCGCCUCGACGUCCAGAAUCCCAGCUGUCUUAUGGUCUUCCGCCAGCCGCAGGCCGAUGCAACGCUUGCUAUCACAGAAGUCAAGUCCGUACGUGAUGUAGCCAAUGGGCUGGCACAGGCUCUUGACACCAUCCGACGAUUACCAACCUUCCGGACUUUUAAGUUCCCAUCUCUCGAGGCUCUGCACACUUUUCAAAUGGCUAUCACCGGCUUCAAGGUUCUCUUUGAUGGCAUCGCAUCUGCCUUUGCCAUAUCUCGUCGGCGCAUGGUCGUGCCGAUUCAUAAGAAGUGGGAAGCGGGCGCCACGCGCAUUCAGGUCGUGCAGCAGGAAGGCGUCGUGCAGAUCUUGGCCUUCUUCGAAGAUUUUUCACACGGUCAGUGCAUGGGGUUCCAGAUCAAGGGGACUGAUGUGUUUGAGGCGUUUACCAGAGGUGGCGGGAAGGCUGGGCUUAAGAUUGUGGAUGCCAAGUUCCCGCUGCCAAAGGUGCUUGCUCCUGAGGCGCAGGACGCGCAACAAGUUGCUGAUGCGGCGUUCUUGUGUUUGGAUUUGCCUGAGCUGCCGGGAGAGCAUGAUGAUAUUUCGAUUGUAUUUGAUACUGAUGCUGAGCGUGACAGGCUUGCUGCAUGUCUACCGGCGCCAGUCAAGGGCGCCAAACUGCACAAGCUCAAGAGUAUCGGACGAGAUAAGGGUCAGGAUUAA